AUGGAUGGUUCCUUCUGGGCCAGUAGAGAUAGACGAACAAUAAUGAAUACUAAUAUUAAUGAAGAAAAGAACAAAAUGGACAUUGUCCCAUCACCAUCUUCAGGAAAACCUGUAAUAAAUUAUCCAGGAACCCCAAACCAGGUCAUAAAAAGACAAGCCCAAGAACUUGUCCCCUCUCUUAGUCCAAUAAAGAUUCUUACAUCAGAAAAAUCGUUGUUUAUAGAAACUACUUUUUUAACUGAUAUUAUAAUUGAAGAUGAACACUGGAAUUUGGAUCUAGUAAACAUGGCCAAUAUUUAUCUGAUCGAUAAUUUGAAUCCCUCCAAUGGGCUCAGUUUCUCUGGAAAACCAGAAGAAAAACAAGAGAGAGAAGGAGGAAAAGGAAAAACCCACUUCAAAAGACCCACACUCCCUGAUGUCUCAGGAAAACAGGGAGAAAAGAGAGAAACGAAAAAGACCAACUGCAAGAAGACCAGACUCCCUGUUCUCUCUGAAAGAGCAGACAAAAAACUAGAGAAACAAGUAAAGAGAGAAGAAAAAGCGGAGAGACAAAAAGAAACAACCCACUUCCAAAUAUCCAGAUCAGCUGUUUUCUUAGAAAAUUCAGAAGAAAAACAAGAGAGGGGAAUAGAGAGAAAACAGAGAAUAGAGAGCGAAAAUGAAAGAUCUCACUUCAAAAGACCCAGAUCCCAUGUGUUCUCGAAAAUAUCAGAAGAAAAACAAGAGAAAGAACCUGAGAGAAAACAGGAAGUAGGGAAAGAAAAAGAAAAAACCCACUUCAAAAGACCCAGAUGCCUUGUUUUCUCUGAAAAAUUAGAAGAGAAACAAGAGAGAGAAGAGAUAGAGAGAGAAGAAGAGGAAGAUGGGGUUAUUUGUAGCAUAUGUGCAAGCACAGAUGGAGAUCCUUUAGACCCAAUUGUUUUUUGCGAUGGCUGUGAUCUCAUGGUCCAUGCUUCAUGCUACGGAGACCCAUUACAGAGCUCCAUUCCCGAAGGUGACUGGUUUUGUUGCAGGUGCGAAAAAAUUGCCGAGAACCCAACCUGUUGCCUUUGCCCUGUGAAGGAAGGGGCCAUGAAACCCACCAUUGAUGGGAAAUGGGCUCAUAUUCUCUGUGCUCUUUUUGUUCCUGAAGUUUUUUUCAGAGAACCAGAAGAGAGAGAAGGUAUUGAUUGUUCUAAAGUUCCAUUAAGGAGGUUUGAGGAGGGAUGCUAUCUUUGUGGGACUAAAAAUGGCUCUGUGAUUGAUUGCUCUGAACCCAAGUGUGGUGCAAAGUUCCAUGUCUCUUGUGCUUUGGAAAAAGAUUUGUGUGUGGAGUAUAGAGAGGAGAAGAGAAGGGGGAUUGUUGUUGGGUUCUGCGAGGUUCACACCCAGUUGUGGAAGAAGCAAGAAGAGACGGGCAAGUUUAAGAUUGUAGCAAGGGGGCAUGAAUAAUCCAGUGGACAAUACUGGUUCGAACCAGUCUCGCGAGUGUGCUUCUUCUUGUGGACACCACUGAUUUUAGAAGGCUUUAGAUUCAUAUAUGGCUCAUAAUGCUUGUGUCCAUGUAAAUCAGAUUUAGAUUUCUUCCUAAGCUAUUCUAGUUAGACAAUGAUUCAUUCAAAUUUAAUGAAUUAACUCUGUUACUGAUGUGGUUGAUAAUCAUUUUAUCCAUUAAUUUUGGAAGUUGCAGAUGUGUAUGCACUUUUUGGUCUAAUGCUU